AUGGAACGCAUGGACUUACCCCCGGUUAUCGAUGAUUGGGUUGUCCAAGCCUUUACUCAGCCUCUGCACGAGCAAAGUUCAGUAGCAUCACGUCCACUGAAACAUAAUUUAAUUGAAUAUCCAGUGAUGACCUGGGCUGGUGUGCAUAAUCGGUACUGGUCCAAAAUCAGAGUCGAGGAUGAUCAGUUAGGAGCCCCAUCCGGUUCCGUUUAUCCAAAUAGAUCCGAAGGAAUAUGUGCAACCGCAAGAACCCUCAUCGAUCUUGAUGUUGCUGUUGGAGCCAACGUUGGCGCCUAUGCUGGUGGCGGUGGAGGAGGUUCAGGUGGAGGUGGAGCUGUAGCGGGUGACCAUGGUGGUUAUGCCGGAGGAAGUGGUGCUGGUGAAGGUGGUGGCAGCGGAUAUGGCGCUGGAGGGGAGCCAGGAGGUAGAUAUACUGGUGGAGGCGGUGGAGGUAGCAGUGGUGGUGGAGCUACGGCAGGUGGAGCACCUGGUGGUGGAUAUGGUGGAGGUGAAAGAGCAGGAGGUGGCAGUGGCUACGUAGCUGGUGGUGCUUCAGGCGGUGGAUAUGGUGGUGGAGGCUGCCACGGAGGUGGUGGUGGAGGUGGUUCUGCAGGGGGAACAGGAGGAGCAUCAGGUGGCGGAUAUGGAAGCGGUGAAGGUGCCGGUGCCGGUGCAGAGGGGCACAUGGAGGAGGAUCCGGUGGAGGCGGUGGAGUUGGAGCCGGCGGAGGAGGAGCCUAUGCCG